AAUCGAGAACCCGAAGUAAUGACAAAGUAAAAUUAAAUAAUAAAAAUAAUAAAUAAAAUAAAAUUAGAAAACGAAAGUGGAACAAACGGCGACUGAGGAACGCUAAUUCGCACAACGCAGGUACAAGCGCCAGUGCCGGAUGGUCGAGCGACUCAAUUCCGAACUGGGCGAGACUCGACUCCAGCUUCGAGACCUUCAGGCGCAACUCGCUGACGCUGCGGAGGAAAAGGGUCGCUCAGCACAGCAGCAGAAGAAAGUGGAAGAAUUAACGGCGAAGAUUAACGAACUGGAUGCAAUUCGAUCUCGUCAACAGAAGAAAAUAACGCAAAUGAAGGAACAGAUGAAAGCCCACGGAGAACACAUGCUUGAAGAACGCCGGGUGAACGAGAACAGUCUCGAAGGCAUAACACAAGAACUCGCAGUCACCAAGCAAGCAGUGAGGGACCUAACACGCAGGGAGAAGCAGCUCCAGGAAUUCCGUCGGGCUGUGGUGAGUUUACUGGGCUUGGACGGAGAUCCAGGAGCCGAGGGAGACUACGAGGCCAUCUGUCGGCUGGAACGCGUCGUGGGCGCCCAUCGGGAGCUGAAUGACCUGUCGCGGAGGAUCGAUGAGAUGACGGCGCCCUCGAGACCCAACAGGUGAUAUGGGGGUUUGCUUUCUAGGGGGGGUUCUUU